GAAGGAGCAAUUGGGGUUCAAAUCUCUCACUUUGAGGUUGGGGUCUUCUUCCCUAGAUUGGAUGAUGGUUUGCGGUUUCAGAAGGGUUCUCGGGCAGCUUCUUGUCCUUCUUAAGGUUUAACCAGUAUUCUAGGGGGUUGGGUUUGGUUGUUGUAUGGGUGGUUUGUAUUAACUUUGCCCUUUUUUCUCUUGAUAGCCUUUAGGGUUUUUUUUUAUACCAUGUGUGUACUUGGUUGUGCCUUUUGCUAGCGCUCUUAAAUAUUAUCCUAUUUACCUAUUAAAAAAAAGGCUAACUCUUUUGAACCCAAGGAUGAGAAUGAGAAAAAAGGUAGCAAUAUUAUCGUGCCACUACAAGUCUACUAAAGGAGAAGAUUGUCUAAUCCUGUUCCAACGCAAACCGAAGAAUCCAAACUUGUGACUGGUACUGAAUCUAAUCCUAGUCAUUCUCCUUUGUAACAAGUAUUUGAAGACUUAAAUUUGCCAAUAGCUAUAGGUAAGGAGAUGAGUUCUCUUUAAAAAAAGUAUUAUUGUCCCUAGUAGCUAAUCCUAGUUAGUCUUUGCAACAAUUUGAUGUUAAGAAUUCCUUCUUGCAUGGUGACCUUGAAGAAGAGGUCUACAUAGAAUCACCUCUAGGGUUCAAUAAUAGAUUCAAGGCUAACAAAAUAUGCAGAUCGUGAAAGGUAUGUAUGACCUGAAACAAUCUCCUAAAGCUUGUUUUGGAAGAUUUGGUAAAGCUAUUGGAAACCAGAAGUUCCGAAAGAGGCUGAGAGGAGAAGGGAGGUGAUCAGCUGGGCAUUUAAAGGUUGUCUAUCCUCAAUAAAGGACUUAUAGGUAAAUGGUGUUGAAGAUUUGCCAUAGAGAGGAAUUCUUUUUGGAAAAAGGUAAUUAUAAGGAAGCAUGAUGAGGAAGAGGGAGAAUGAUGCUCUAGAGUUGUUAGGGAAAGGUAUGGAGUGGGAGUGUGGAAGGUAGUUAGAAGUGGGUGGGAGAUUGAAAGGAGUGGGAUUGGGUUUAAGGUGGGUGAAGGGUGAAAUUUUGGAAGGAUAAGUGGUAUGGGGAUUUGUCCCUUGGGGAGACUAUUUUGCUUUGUUUUCAAUAAUCAACACCAAAGAUGCUUGGGUAGUGAAGGUUUGUGAUUAGGAGGGGGAAAGAGGAUGUUGGAAACCUCGACUCUCAAGUUCACUCCAUGAUUAGGAGUUAGAGGGGGUGGAGGCUUGUUUUAGGAAAUUGAAAUCGUAGUCUAUUGAUUGGAACAUUGAGGAUAAAUUGGCAUGGCGGAUCUUUAAGUGUUCCCUUUUUUCUGUUAAAUCACUUUAUUCUUCUUUGUCUACUGGAAGAACAAAGACCUUCCUUUGCAAAAUGUUUAGAAUUCUUAGGCUUUGGUGAGAGAGUUUUUUUGCUUGGGAAGCCGCUUAGGUAACAUUAUACCAACUUAAAAGCAUGGGGUGUAUGAAGCCAAUGUUAUAAGUGGAAAGCAAAGGAAGAAACAAUGGAUCAUUUCCUCCUUCAUUACUUGAAAGCACUGAUCUUGUGGUAGUUGAUUUUUGCUCUGUUUGGAAUAGAGUGGAUGAUGCACUUCUUAGUAAAGAAGGCCUUCUUGAGUUGGCAUGGAUCUUUUGUAGGGAGUAAGAGGAAGAAUGCUUAAGAGUUUAUUUUGGACUACAUGGAAAGAGAGAAAUAGGUGAGCCUUUGAGAAUACUGCAAAAGUAGAUCAAGCACUCAAAACAAUCAUUUAUGUAUAAUUGUUUGGAAUGGGUUAGAGCGUACAUAGGAGUUGGUUCCUUGUCUAUGUUGGACUUAAUCGAUGGAUUGAGCUUAAUGUAGUGGAUGAGGAUCCUAUAAAAAAAAAAAUGUAGUGGAUGAGGGUUGUUUUUUGUGUACCCCUCCACUUGUUAUGGCCUUGUGGUGAUUGUGUAUACAUUGUCCAUACUUAAGUGCAUUCUUUUGUUAGGCACUAUUAAUAAGAGUUAUUCUGCCCUUAAAGAUAGAUUCUUUGCCAACCUCUAAUCCUUUGGAAAGCCUUUCUAUGACUGUAUACCAGAAGGAAAUAGUUCUUGGGUUCCCUUCUAGGGGGAGACUCAAGUGGGAUAUAGAUCACUCUAAUACCCUAUUAUCUAAUAAGGAAGCUAAAGCUUGAACUUGGUCUUGAUUCAUAUUGAUACCCAACAAAGUGCUCUUGUCCAAAUUUAUCUUGAGCCCGAAGACCUCGCUUAACACCAUCAAAAUUAGUUUAAAGUUUUGCAAGUUGAGUAGCCUAGCUUGUGAAAAAAAAAAAAAAAGAUGGUGUCAUUUGCAAAUUGUGAGUUACCCUCACUCUAGGUCUACUUAUUGAAAAGACUUCUAAGAACUCCCAUUGUUGUGUUCUAAGCAUCAAUCUACUCAAGAUAUUAGUCACUAAAUUGAAAAGAAAGGGCAAAAGUGUGCCGCACACUCAUUAAUUAACACAACAAAGUUAGUUGUCAAUAAGCAUCCAUAAAUCCAAGAUCUCCAUCUUGCUGCAAAACCUUUUCUCUCUAGUACAUGAUUUAAAAUCCUAUUUCACAUGGUCGUAAUCUUUUGACAUCAAUUUUAAAGGCCACCCUUUCUUCUCUUCAACAUUUUUUCUCAUCUACUACAUCGGCCACUAAUAUUGCAUCUAGAAUUUUUUAACAUUGAAUGUUCCCUAAGAAAAAUGAAUGGUCUCAUGUAAAAGUCCUCUUAAGUGCUUAGACACUACUUUAACAAUGAUCUUGUAAAAGCCCGUCACCAAGCUAAUGGUUCUGAAAGGCUCAUCAAGGCCAUUGUGAUGGUGCAACAGGAUCAAAUGGGUGGGAGGUGUGGGGAUCACUAUUCAAGAAUUCAGUAGUUUUUUUUUUUUUGAUAAGUAAGACAAAAUUGAAUUAAAUCAGAGGCAAAACGUCACACUGCAUACAGGGGGUAUACAAGGUAGCUAAGGCCUCACAAACAAAAAAGAAAGCCAAAAGAGCCUCACCGCCCCUCAAGUGGAUGCUAACCACUCCAAAAAGCCUAUAAGAGAGAGAGACUCCUCUCCAAUAUACAAUCUAGCCCAACUCCAUAAAUUACAAACAAAAGAAUUCUUGAGUUUCUGAAUAUCUAACACCCCCCCCUCCCUCAAAAGCUAAUUUAUUCCUCCCCUUCCAAACCAUCCCAAAAAACACACAACGGGAUGAAUUUCCAUAUCUUUUUCCUUUUCUUCCCCACAAAAGGGCCUCUCCAGGAAGUUAAGACCUCCUUUACAGUUUCUGGAAAGACCCACUGAGCACCUAAUAACCCAAGGACAAUAUCCCAUAGGAUUCUGACCACUAUACAGUGUAUAAGAAUGUGAUUUACAGUUUCUUCUUUACACUCGCACAAAAAACAACAAUUAGGGAGCUGCCAUCCUCUUUUCUAGAGCCUGUCAAGAGUAAGCACCUUCUCCCACGUAGCCUCCCAAGCAAAGAACGCCACUUUGGUUGGAACUCUAUCCACCCAAAUACAACUAGUCGGGAAUGCGGUGUCAUUGGGGUUGGCCAACAAGCUGUACGUUUCCUUAACCCUAAACUGUCCGUUUCUUCCUCCCUUCCAAAAAACCGAGUCUUCCUCCAAGGAAGGCCUGUGACCCCUCAAACCAUGGAGCAAGUCCCCUACCAUAUCCAACUCCCAAUCAUUAAAAUCCCUAAAAAAUCUUAGGUUUCAGCCUCCUUGUCCAAAAUUCUGGUCCCAUAUCUUCUCCACCAUAGCAUUCCUAUGAACAGCCAUUGCAAAGAGAUGAGGGAAGUUUUGGGACAGCGCUGUACCAGUGCACCAAACAUCAGUUCAGAAUCUGAUUUUGGUGCCCUUCCCAGCUAUGAGCACCAUAUUAUCCCAACACCAUUCAGUUUCUUUCAAGAUCUCCUUCCAAACCCCUACUCCGAACGCCCCAUUAGCCUUCUUUGUCCUCCAACCAAGACCCUCUUGCCCAUAUUUCGCCAUGAUCACUUGUUUCCAAAGAUUGUCUUUAUCAUAAGCAAACCUCUAUAUCCAUUUACCAAGUAAGGCUUUGUUCAAGAGGACUAGCUUCCUUAAGCCUAACCCACCCUUAUCCUUAGCCGCACAAAUCACCUCCUAAUUAACUAGAUGAGCUUUCCUCUCCGAAUUUCCCCCUCCCCAAAGAAAAUCUCUUUGCACUUUUUCUAACCUUCUAGCAACAAUCAUGGGCAUCCGAAAAAGAGACAUUUGAUAGAUUGGCAUGCUAGCCAAUGUGCUCUUUAUGAGAGUGAUUCUUCCACCUUUGGAAAUAUACUGCCGUUUCCAAAGCACAAGUCUCCUCCACCCCAUCCCACAUAGAAUGAGCCUUGUUUGGAGCCCUUAAAGGUAGACCCAGAUACUGAGAAGGCAAGGAGCCCACCUUGCAUCCUAACUCCACUGCCAGCUCAUCAAUCUCAUCCACCUCACCAACUGGAAUGAUUUCACUUUUGGCCAAAUUAAUCUUUAGACCUGAAGUAGCUUCAAACCAGAAUAAAAUCUAGCUUAAAUGAGUUAAGUGUUUUUUAUUAGCCUCACAGAACACAACUGUAUCAUCAACAAAGAAUAAAUGGGAGAUGUUCAGAGUGGGCCUUCUACCUUCCCGGAUACAACACCCUGAGAGGAAUCUCCCAGCAACAGCCCUCCUAAUAAGAACAUCCAGCACUUCCAUCCCCAACACAAAGAGGUAAGGAGAUAGGGGGUCUCCUUGGCGAAGCCCCUUAGUACUUGGGAAAAAACCAGCUGGAAACCCCAUUAACCAGGACUGAAAAUUUGGCUGAAGAUAAACAGCUCCACAUCCAACCCAACCACUUUGAUCCAAAUCCCAUUUUUUGUAACGCCUUAAACAAAAACUGCCAGUUCAUGCUAUCAUAUGCUUUCUCAAUGUCCAAUUUGCAAAUGAGCCAUUUCUCUUUUCAUUUCUCCCACGAGUCUAUCACCUCAUUUGCAAUUAAGGAAGCAUCAAGAAUCUGUCUUCCCAAAACAAAGGCAUUCUGGGUUGGGGAGACCACUUUUCCUAACACUUUCUUGAGCCUAUUAGCUAACACUUUAGCCAACAAUUUAUACAGCCCCUCCAAUAGGCUAAUGGGUCUAAAGUCCCCAAGGUCCUCAGCCCCAUCUUUCUUAGGAAUCAGAACCAGGAAUGUGUUAUUAAGACUCUUGAGAAAAGAGCUUUGCUCAUGGAACUCCUUAAACAUUUCCAAGAUCUCCUCUUUAACGAAAUCCCAACAGCUUUGCCAAAAAGCCACAGUAAAGCCAUCCGGUCUAAGGGCUUUGUCCCCAUUCAUCUCCAUCAAAGCUGAAUGAACCUCAGCCUCUGAAAAGGAAUCUCCAAAUUCUCUGCUUCUUGUUGGCUGAUUUGAUUUAACUGUAGCCUCACAUAUGCAUGUUUGUCAUAUGGUUUGUCUUUGAGUUUUGACCCUGUGGUGUCAGGGAAAUGAAAUCUACCAUAUGAAGAAUCUCAUUACAGGGGGAAAAAUCGCAAAAGCUAGAAUGGUGGAGAGGAAGACGGUGAAGGUCUUGAUUGAGAGGAAGACCUUCUUGAUUAGGUUGGAAGGCGAGCAGGAGGUGAAUGGUGUUCGAUGACAGAGAUAAGUAGAGGCUCUGUUUUUGCAUUAGGUUUUGAAAAGGAAGCAGUUGGGUGGUUGGUUGAAUACUUGACGAAAGCCUUAGCAUUGAAGAGUCAUAUGGGUUUCAACAAAAAAUUCAGGGGAAAAUGCAGGGCUCAUCUGUUGGAAGUUGGCUUCAACAACCAUGGAAGGUUCAUAAGGAUCUCGGAGUUUGCUACCAACAGAAAACCUUCCGUUCUGAUCAUUCCUGAGGGUGACAAGGGCAGAGGUUGGGAGAAUAUAAAAAAAGCGUUAGCUACAAUGCUGGUGGUCCCUUAUUUGAAUGCAGUAGAAAAAGGAAGGAAUAUAAGAGGGGAAAGCUGGCCUCACAAUAAAGUGGGCUCGAUGCACAGAUCCUAUGCGAAGACAGUGACGAAGGACCAAGAGGAGGUGGUCUAGUUCCAGUGGGGAGGUGGGUGCGAGCUGUGGUAUGUGAAAGCAAGUUUGACAGGGAGAAUUGGGCUGAGGUUGGAAGAUUGGUGGCGAGAAGCUUAGGGAAGAAUGGCGUUGUAAUGAUCGUACCCAUUUCAAUUGGAAAGGGUGUAUUUUUCGUUGAAACAAUCGAGGAAGCCAUAUUUCUCCAUGAUUUGAGGAAGUUAAGGGUUAGGGAAAGGAACAUUAUUCAGUUGCGAAGAUGGUCGCCGAAGGAAAAUGCGGAAAUAGACGGGAAGUUUAGAGAAGGAUGGAUCGAAUUAACGGGGCUGCCAUUUCACCUAUGGUCGGAGGUUCACCUGAAGAAGAUUGUCGUACGCUGAAGUUAUUCGAUCUCAACAGGGCGAGGUUAAAGAUCGUAAUGAAGGAUAGGGCAAUCCUUCCAGCUAUGUUAGAGGUGACUGAUGGGGAUUGGGUGUUUACAGUCGUCGUCGUAGUGGUCGGAGACGAAGAAAAACGGAGAGGCAGCGAAAAGGGUGAGUCGACUCGGGUGGCUGUCGCUUCUCACAUGGGGACAGGUGGAGGAAGACGAGGGGAGUGUGGCAGAUCAACGGCGGAGGGAAGGUAUCGUGUCGGGGAAGAUAGCAGACAAAGGAAGGAGGGAGAAAGGGGUAAGGGCUGCCAGCUCCCGUUGCAGUCUCGUUUGAAUUCAAAUAAGUCAACAGAUGGGAUGGACGGGAUUGGAGAAGCAGGAGGAGAUUGGGGCGGAGAAGAUGAGGCUAUCGCCUAUGUGGGCUGUCGGGCCUGUGAGAGGGAGGCCCAGUCGCUGGCAAAGCCUGAUCCAAGUGCAGUUAUAAUGGGCUGCAAGCUUAAAGGCCCGCUGGGCUUGGGCCUAAGCCCAGAAGAGGUUACCCCAGUUGAGACUGUGGCAACGUUACGCAAGGAAGAAGAAGACUCAUCUUCUGCAAUCGAAAAAGGGAAAUCAGCUCCUGGACUCUUCGAGUUUCAGUCAAGCAGGUUAGCAAAGAAGAAGGUGUUAUACGGUUCAAGGAAGCUGUGGUCAACCUUCUUUCCACCAAGCUCAGAGCACCGACAAGGUAUCCGGUGCAGCAACGAGCCCAUUUCGCGCGGAAAAAUCAAGGUGGACAGCGAAAAGGACCCAAAGACAGACGAUUUAGGCGCCGAAUCUCAGGCGAACAGAGGAUUAAAUGCAAGCCCUCUCUUUUCUCCGUGUUUUCCAAGGCUUCGCAAGAAGAAUUUAGGGAAAAGGGAUUUGUCGCCGAGAAAGGAAGCGGAUCUGAACAAUUUUUCAUCCGACGAAGAUAUGGAAGGUGUUUUGGGCCGAGUGGGGUCUGAUUCUCGUGGUUCAGCAGUCAUGGUUAAGCCUUCUUCGCCAGAAACCAGAGGUAAAGGGCCUAGCUUGAUGGGGAACUGUGGUUCGAUGGUUGCGGAAAUUCUGGAGGUAACGCCUUCACUUUUUCAGUCCACCCAGCCAUAUAUACCCCCUUCUAGUGGCUUCACUAAAUCCCUCUUGAAUCCUUUCGUCCACAUUCUGAGUCCCUCUACCCCCAUGCUUCCCGACCCAGUUUCUCAAUCUCUGGUACCUAUGGAAAACCGAGUAAACUCUGAAUUUUUUUUCAAAAAAGUCAACGAUGAAGGUCAAAUUCCUGUUGAUAUCCCUAAUUUAGAAAUGGAAAUGGAGGUGAUCCAGCCUGCUUGUCCUUACCAGAUGUCUGAGAGUGUCAAUUCUCUCUCAGCUAAUUUAAGAUCACCUUUCAAGGAGUCCAGUAAGGCUACAGUUAACUUGGGAGGACUGUCCCCUAGGAAAAUGGCAAAAGUACGUGAGGUUUUAAAGACUCUGGAUAUCAAGGUAUAUUCCAGGAGGAAGAGCAGAUGCUCCACAGGAUUGUGAG